AUGUCCGUUUGGGCGGCCGGGGCCGCUCCUCGAACGCGGUUCCCGAUUCCUUCUCGCAGGCUAUUGCGCUUCCUCCAACUCCAGACGAGUGCGCCCACGGCCGCGAACUGUAUAUAUCGGACGUCGUCGUUCUCUACGUUAACAAGGACUGGGACCUCGAGAAGCUGUGCUCAUAGCUUAUAUAUCAGGAAGAGAUGUUUCUCACCGGCGCAACGAGAGAUCUCUUCGAAAUCCCUUGGCUCUGAGGGCGAGAAACUGUUUGGGAAAACAAGGAAACGACCCCUCGUAUCCCCUAAUAACGCUGCACCCGCUAGUCGACGUCUAUCCAACCUGACCGAAUCUGAGAUCUCCAAGGCGAAAUCGGAGACCAAAACAUGGCAGGAGAGGCUAUGGGGAGCCACAGCUAAGAAGGGAGGGAAGCCACUCCACCCGAACGAUCUCCCGGACCAUGAUAACAGCGACCACGGCCCUUCUAUGUUCAAUAAUAGGCGGACAUUAGCUGCGAAAGCUGCCCUCGAACCUCGGCUUCGAUGUACAGAGGUUGAUGAGCAUGGGAAGGUGAUUCUGGUUGAUGGUGAAUUCAAGAAGACAGAGUUGAUUGCCAAGUACGGCUUGUUGCCUCGCGACUUGCGCAAGAUUGAUUCGUCUAACCUGCCGCAUAUUCUCAUUCGCCCGUCCGCCAUUCUUCUAAACCUCCUUCACUUGAAGGUUUUGAUCAAACAUGAUCGUGUUCUGUUAUUCGACGUCUAUGGAUCCAAGACGUCAUACCCUCAAUCUGCAUUCAUGUAUGAUUUACAAGGAAAGCUACAGCAAAAGUCAACACAGUCAUCCGGAGGGGGCUUACCCUACGAGUUUCGGGCUCUUGAAGCUGUCUUGACGUCUGUAACGUCGGAGCUGGAAGCGGAUUUUGAAGCCGUACGGGAACCUGUGAUGCAGAACCUGAACGAACUGGAAGAUGAUAUUGACCGGCAGAGACUGCGAAACUUGUUGAUUCUCUCCAAGCGUGUGAGCACAUUCGAGCAGAAGGCAAAGCUGGUGAGGGAUGCCAUUGAGGACCUCCUCGAGGCAGAUGACGACCUUGCAGCCAUGUAUCUCACGGAGAAGGCCAACGAGGUCAAGCGAGCUCUCGACGACCAUACGGAGGUGGAGAUGCUUUUGGAAUCGUACCAUAAACUCACCGACGAAAUUGUUCAGGAAGCCGGCAACCUCGUCUCGGGUAUCCGCAAUACGGAAGAGAUUAUCCGUGCAAUUCUUGACGCCAACCGCAAUGCUCUCAUGCUGCUGGACCUGAAGUUUAGUGUUGGCACCCUAGGCUUGGCUAUGGGAACCUUCCUCGCAGGUCUCUACGGGAUGAACCUGGAAAACUUCAUCGAAGAGACAAAUUGGGGGUUUGCUGGCGUGACCGGCGUUUCGACCAUCUUCUCGCUCAUAGUAUGCUGGUAUGGUCUCGGAAAGCUGCGUAAAGUGCAGCGUAUAAAGAUGACGAGCGGGGAUCGCCCUCAUCUCCCUCGCAGCCCUCUGUAUCACCACGAUGAUGGGGCACUGGGACUUCUCGACUCAAGGAACCGCGAACGUGUGAGGCGAAUGAACCUGCACAAGCCUACUGCCAAGCCGAAGAGGACAUUUUGGCCCUGGCGGUGA